AUGGGUUACUAUUUGUUUGACGCCAUCGAAGAGAAUGAGACCAAAUGUCUAAUAAAUUCAAGUGAAGAGUUAUUGAAUGAAUCAGAAUAUUGCGAUGAAGACAAUGAUUUAAUGCCGCAAAUUAUAAUCAGAUCUCUUUGGUAUUAUUGGAGAGAAGUGACCGCUAUUUCCAUUGUUUCCGCAUUUCUUCUUAAUUUUUGUUAUUCACUAUUAAAACGAAAAUUGAAAACAAUUCGCAAAAUAUCCGAAAGUGAAGAGAUUUGCACUAAAAGUGAACACAUCUCUGAAAGCACAGCCAAAACCCCAUCGCCAUCGACCCCAUCCUUUUCCACACCAUUUAAUGCAUACAAUAGUGCAGAACAUCAGGCCUUCAAUUCUCGAUACGAGUCCGAUUUCGAGCCAAUCCAAGUGCUGGGAAGGGGUGGCUUUGGACUGGUGUUUGAAGCCAAGCAUAUAAUCGAUGAAAGCCAUUACGCAGUGAAGCGGAUAUACCUUCCCGUCCGCAAAGAGCAGAGGGAGAAAGUGAUGCGAGAAGUGAGAGCUCUCUCUAAAUUGGAUCACUCGGGGAUUGUUAGGUAUUAUAACGCUUGGGUAGAACUGCCGCCUCCCGGUUGGCAGGAAGACAAAGACCAACCGCUGUUCACCACCGAAGACAUUGCGUCCACACAUUUCAAUGAAUCUGAUGUCCGAUACAAACAAUUAGUUGUCAAUAAGACUACAGCUACUGAUCUCAAGACAUCUUUCUAUUACCGUGAGAGCCAUGAAAUGAGUACUGAAACGAGUUUUGGAUUCAAUAAAUCAAAACAAAUCAUAACGAAAACUCAAAGCAAUCAGAGUUUAGAUAUAGUUUUCGAUGAAAAUGUUUCUUCUGUUAAAGUAAUCGAUAAGAAUAGCAAUGAAAGUAUAGGAAUGUCUUCGGAUAAUAAUGUGUUUGAUUCGAAAUCAAGUGAAAGUUCCGACGAAAGCAAACUGAAUGCCAAAAGCAAUGACUUAAUUGAAAACAAUAGACGGCCGUUGAAUCUAAACCCAGUGCUUCCGCGCUGUUAUCUCUACAUUCAAAUGCAAUUAUGCAGAAAAGACACGCUUAAGGAUUGGCUCCUAAAUAAUUCACUUAAUCGGGACUCGAAUACAGUGUUGGAUAUAUUUGAUCAGAUCGUCAGUGCUGUCCAUUACGUCCACUCAAUGGGUUUAAUGCAUCGCGACCUCAAAGUAAUGCACUUUAUUUAA